AUGAUGCGGUUACUAGCUCUUCUAUUUCUCCUGAUUUCCACGUCAUUCGUGGAUUCCUACAAGAUCCUCUUCUACACGAAUUUGUUCGGUCACAGCCAUGUGAAAAUGUUGGGUGCCGCUGCCGAUGUUCUGACGGAAGCCGGGCAUGAUGUGGUGGGCAUUGCAACUCUUGGUUCUCAAAAUCUAUGGAGUCCAUUCCAGACAGUCCUUCUGUCAGUCCUAGAAUCAAAUCUUCGCAACAGAACCUCUCUGAAAUCGACGAAAAAGACAAUAAUCAUAGAGCAAGCCGCGGAUAUCAAAGAGUUGAUGGAGGAAAUGUUCGCGUACAUGGCCGAAAUGUGGACUGCCGACAACGGAAACCCUUUGGUGAUUCUGAAUGUGAGUGCAUUGUAUACGAAAUGAACGCGUUGCUGAUGUUAAGGCACAGGAGACUGAGAUGAUGAUCAAAACGUGCGGGGGACAGUGCAAGAAAGUGCUCUCGGAGCCCGGUCUUAUUGAGAAGUUGAAGGCGGAAAAGUUCGAUUUGGCAAUCACAGAACCGUUUGACAUGUGCGCUUAUGGUAGGUUACUGCUGCUUUUGCUACAGAAAUACAUGUUCAUGUAACACUAUUUAUUGCGAGUUUCUUGAUCCAUUCCCCAAUUCCAGCUCUUUUCGAAGCCAUCAACAUCCGUGCACACGUGGGAAUCCUCUCCUCUUGCCGCUACGACCAUGUGAGCAGGACCAUUGGCCAGCCGAUUGCAGCCAGUUACGUGCCAUCUGGAGAGUCGACGAUGGGAGAUCGGAUGACCAUGAGCGAACGAUUCUGGAACUUUCUUCAGUCUUUUACAGCUGAUUACUUCUUUUCAGUCGUUGGAGAUGCCGAGUUUGAAAUCGCCAAGACCGUUGUGCCCAUCAAGAGAUCUUGGAGGGUUGGUUAUAGUUUUGAAUCGUAUAGGGAAGUACACAUUUUCAGGAGACGCUACCAGAAGCCACGUUCAUUUUGUCAAAUCAAAUCGCUUUGCUAGACUUUCCGGCGCCGACAUUUGAUAAAAUCGUUCCGAUCGGAGGACUGUCAGUGAAAACAGAUAAGGAACAUCUCAAACUUGAUGAAAAGUGGUCGAAGAUCUUGGACAUUCGGAAGAAGAACGUCUUCAUCUCAUUUGGAUCAGUCAUAAGUUCCAAAGACAUGCCCCCGGAGUUCAAGGCGUCGUUUCUGAAAGUGUUCGCCUCGAUGCCGGACACCACGUUCAUCUGGAAGUACGAGAACGCGUCGGAUCCUCUCGUGGAGCACCUGGACAACGUGUACCUGGGCGAGUGGUUGCCCCAGAACGAACUGCUCGCCGAUCCGAGACUGAGUGUAUUCGUGACGCACGGCGGACUCGGAUCGGUCAUCGAGUUGGCGAUGAUGGGCAAACCGGCUGUGAUGGUGCCGCUGUUCGCCGAUCAGGGACGGAAUGCGAACAUGCUGAAGAGACACGGCGGAGCGGCGGUGCUCGAUAAGAACGGACUGGCGGAUGCGGAAUUGGUGAGACGCACUCUCGAGCACGUCAUCGCGGAGGAGUCGUUCCGGCGGAGUGCACUCAGGUUGGCGGAGAUGCUUAGGAAUCAGCCGACCAGUCCCCAAGAGACACUCCUCAAAUAUGUCGAGUUUGCGGCGAGGUAACUGUUUCAUGAAGCUUUGAACUCGCGGGCACACUUUUAAUUUGAAUUCAGGCUCAAUUUUACUUAUUUCAGGUUCGGCAAGCUCCCCUCUCUGGACAACUACGGCCGCCACCAGUCGUACAUCGAGUACUUCUUCCUCGAUAUCAUCGCCAUCUCCCUUCUAGUCAUAACCAUAACCAUUUACAUAUUGUACACUAUUCUCCAAUUUUCCUUCAGGAAACUGUCGAGGAAAUCAAAACAGGAAUAG